AUGUCCUCCGCCUCCGCAUUUGCAUCAGCCACCGGUCCGCCGUCGAUGAAGCUCGACGCGAUCGGGAAGCUCAAAGGUUCCAGCGACUACCCACGCUGGUCCCUGAUGAUGCAGCAGUACUUCAUUGCUGCACGCGCAUGGAAGGGCGUCGACGGCACCGAGAGAGCCCCUGUCCCAAGCAGCUCCGUCUCCGCUGCGGACAUCGAAGCAUGGGAGACAACAAACGCAUACGCGAGGUUCUACAUCCUCAGCACGCUCGGCGACGAGCUCCUGCACCUCGCAAACCCAGUGGACAUCACAGCCGCCGCGCUGUGGAAGAAGCUGAAGGACAACUACGCCGCCUCCACCACCAUGUCGGCAUUCGUCAAGUUCCGCGCGUACUUCUCGCACGUGAUCACGGACAGUGAUGACCUCGCUGCUCAACUCGACGAACGCGCUGUCAUGCACCAUAAUUAUAAAGCUGCAAAGUAA